AUGGCAUCCAGCACACCUCUCACAGACAAGCAAGCCCCGAUCGUCAUCGUCGGAGCUGGCAUUUUCGGCCUCAGCAGCGCCAUCCACCUCGCCCAGAGAGGCUUCGCCAACGUGACUGUUUUCGACAGGCAGCCGUAUUGGCAGACGCAAUAUGACUUUGAUUCGGGCUGUGAUGCUGCUUCGGCAGCACUGCCAGACUGCAACAAGAUCAUUCGAGCCGCAUACGGGCACGAAGUGUGGUAUCAGAAUCUCACGCUCGAGGCCAUCGAGCAGUGGGAAGCCUGGAAUCUGGAUCUGGCUCAGGGGCGAGAUCUUCCCCCGGGGAUGACCACCAAGGAUCGCAUCUACGUCAACUGCGGCAACUACCAUCUGGGCGAUGAGCCUGGUCUCAAUCCGUUUGAGAAAUUGUCCGUCGAGAAUCUCACCAAGGCUGGCAAGGGCCAUACCCAGUACAUCCUCACCGACCCGGCUGAGGUCGAGCGGGCCAAGAAGGAUGGCUAUGGCUAUGCUAUAGACCCUUUCCAUCUCGCGAAGGAGGGCAAGUAUUCGGGCUAUCUGGAUGCCAUUGGCGGGUUUGUCUACGCAGACAAGGCCUGCCGGUACGCGCAGCACAAGGCGCACCGACUCGGGGUCAAGUUCGUGCUGGACAAGACUGCCGGCCAGUUCGAAGGCUUUCUCCAGGAAGAGGGCGGAAAGGUCGUGGGCAUCAAGACGAAAGACGGCAAAUCGCAUCCAGCAGCCCUGACCAUCGUCGCCUGCGGCGGGUGGACGCCGUCUCUGCUCCCGGAGAUGGACGGGCUGUGCGAGACGACGGCCGGGUCUGUCGCGAUGAUCCAGAUCCCUGCCGACUCGCCCCUGCGGCAGCGUUUCUCGCCCGAGAACUUCCCCGUGUGGCAGUACAAGGUGCGUGCGGGCGCCGACGGCAACCUGUACGGCUUCCCUCUGGACGAGCGCAACGUGAUGAAGCUGGGCUACCGGGGCACCAAGUACACGAACCCGCAGCGGGACGCGCAGGGCAAGGAGCGCAGCGUGCCCAUCACGCGGUGGACGACGCCGUCGAUCGACAACAAGCUGCCGCAGAAGUCAGUCGAGGUGAUCCGCAAGUUCCUAGACACGUAUCUGCCGGAGCUGCGCGAGCACGGGAUCAACAUCAGCAACACGCGGCUGUGCUGGUACACGGACUCGUUCGACAACCACUUCGUCAUCGACUUCGUGCCGUCCAGACCGGGCGUGUUCGUCGCCACGGGCGGCAGCGGCCACGCCUUCAAGUUCCUGCCCGUGAUCGGCCGCUUUGUCGCCGACCGCGUCGAGGGCCGCGAGGAGGAGGACAUUAUGCGCUUCUGGCGCUGGAGGCAGCUGGCGCCGGGCCAGAAGCCGUACAACGAGAUCAUGAAGGGCCGCAGCAGCCCGACGGCCUUGCAGAAUGUGCGGAUGAGCGAGGAGCGGGAUCUCGUGCUGAGUGAUAUGAGUUAUCGGUCAAGGCUGUAG